AUGGAGCCCGCUGAAGCACUUCCGUUCCCCCAACCGCCCAUCCCUGCCAAUCUCAACCCAGAGGCAAUCGCGCAACACUGGCUCAACGGGCUAAACACAGCAAUACGCGGCGUCUCGGUGGCCGGGCCUUCCAUCACCAUAACCACAGUCUCAGAAGCUGUCUCUCAACUCUUUUCCGAUCAGCCAAAGGCUUUCUGGAAAGAUCAUCUCGCUCUUUCUUUGGACUUGCGCACCAUGCACGGACAUACCCAAAUAAUCACUCUCCUCCUCCGCUGCUGUUCCCCAGAAGCAGGCAUGCACAUCGGCAGCUUUGCCAUGCCCGGGGAAGGAGAAGGACCAAGGGCGGCAUGGGUGCAGCCCGCAUCCGGGUAUGUCGAGCUCUGGUUCGGCUUCCAAACGAGAGUAGGGGAGUGUAAAGGCGUCGCGAAACUCAUACCUACACUACCACCGGGGCAAGCAGAGUUGAAGUGGAAGGCCUGGACGGUGUAUACGGAACUGGUGUCAUUGCGAGACCUUCCGUUCGAUAGGACCAGGUUGGAGAAGAGGUCGGCCACUGAGGGGUUGGCUGGUCCAAGAGAUGUGGAUGUUGUUGUGCUGGGCGCAGGGCAGUCUGGGUUACAAGUGGCCGCUCACCUCCUCGCACUGGGUCUCAGCGUCCUCGUCGUGGAGCGCGAAGCCCAAGUCGGGAACCAGUGGGAUGGUCACUAUGCGGCGCUGAAGGUGCACGUAACAAAAUGGUUCUAUCAAUUUCCGUAUCUGAAUUUCCCGCCGGAAAUGCCAACGUACCCAUCAGGGGAAGAAAUGGCCUCGUACCUCAGGUUGUAUGCAAGCAAGCUUCAUCUUCCUGUUCGCACCGCCACCCAGGUCCUCUCUGCCUCUUUCCACUUUAUCCAUUCGGCGUCUACAGACGGAAAAUGGGAAUUGUCGAUGAAGCCGUCCGAUGGCCCCGCAGAAAAUUGGACCUGUCGGUAUCUUGUGAGCGCUACGGGUCUGUCAGGGAAGGUGCCUAACAUGCCCGAAAUUCCCGCCCGGGACGAGUAUAAGGGCAUCGUGCUCCACUCUUCCCAGUUCAGAACAGGUGAAGGAUGGGCAGGGAAGAAGGCUAUUGUUGUCGGGACGGGCUGCUCGGGGCAUGAUAUCGCUUCUGAGCUGUACAGAUGUGGUGCUAAGGUUACACUUCACCAACGUAGCCCCACUAUGGUCCUUCCUCCCACAUUUGUGCAUAUCACCCAGGAUAGCAUAUUCACCCCCGAUGCCGAUCUUGACGCCGCAGACCGCGAGUGGAACGCCACGCCCCUCCAAGUUGUGGCCCGCCUUGGGCCGCUACUCCCUACAGGGGACAAGGCCAAGGAAAUUGAGAACGGCUUGGUGAAGCGAGGGUUCCAGAUGAAGGAAAUCGACUUUACGAAGGCGGUGUAUGAGCGAAUCGGUGGACUGUACAUUGAUGUUGGGGCAUCGGAACUCAUCGUGGAUGGAAAGAUUGCGAUCAAAUCUGGCAUGCCAAUCGUUUCCUACACGCCCACAGGCUUGGCGUUUGCAGACGGCACAACGCUGGACGCCAACUUGAUCGUGUUCGCCACUGGAUUCAACAUCUCUGUAAUGCGUAGCACCAUUGUCUCCAUUGUGGGCUCAGAUAUUGGCUCGACGCUGAAGUCACCUUGGGGCUUGGACAGGGAGGGACAUCUCCUGGGCGUCGGGAAGUUUAGCGGACAUCCGAAUAUCUACUACAUGGCCGGCGAAGCACAAAUGUCUAGGACCUCCGCUAAACUGGUCGCCUUGCAACUGACAUUGGCGAAACAGGGAUUGCUGAACCGAGUUGAUAUUCCCUAUGAUAUCGCUACCCCUGCGUAG